CUUUUCUCCUCUUCAUGAAGUCGGUCCUUGCCAUCUAAAUUUUAUGGACCAUUUCGUUUCGUUUCAGCUCCACUUCCGUGCUUUGCCACUCCUACCUCUCGUCAUGGAAAUUUGGAAAUGAUCAACUUAAAACCCUAGAUUUUGAGGUAUCUUCCUUUCUUUUUCUUCUUCUUCUCAGGUGAUGGCGAGUUCGGCAUUUAAAUCCACGACGAAGCGAUCCUCAAUUGGAGCUGCUGCUUCCAAUGCGGAGGAUGCAGGCUCUUCCAAUAGGAACUCAACUCAUCAUCGCCGGUCCAAGAGCGUCAGCAGAUUCUCGGGGCGCUCCCAUGCGCUGGACUGGGACGAGCUACCGGCAGCAGCUGCAGCAAAGGGCAGAUUCGUGAACGCCUCCAGGGGUUCAGGUUUCCCUGAAACCAUCAGUCUCGACGACCUUGCCAAUGACUUCUUCCCUCACCAUCUCAACCAAAAGGACGAGGACAGGGACCUGGAUGUCCUUCUCAGAGUAAGCGAAAGGGGCCGAUCACGAUCGUCAUCAGCCCGCCGCGCUUCUGCCAUUGGCAGCUCUUGCUCGUCUGCGACUACGACUACUAGUAUGAAAGGUUCGUCUCAGUCUCAGGACCUAAGGCGUGGAAGGUCUGUUUCCAGGCAACACGCGCGACCGGUUGAUGCUGUCAAUGCCUCGGCUUCCUCUGCCAAAGCUCAUUCCGACAGUAUUUCUAGUUCCAGGAGGAGGCGUUCCCUCUCUGUUGUGCGCUGUCAGUUUAGUGAUUCGGAGGGUGAUGUGGAUCCUUCACAAAUAUCUAGCAGCCAUGCUAAGCUAAAGAAUCACACCAGUGGAAAUCACAAGUGGUCUUCAUCACAUAAGCCAACAGCUCCUGACCAUCAGUGCCUGAAAAGAUCUCUUAGUCAAAAAGAUUUAUCGAAGUUAUACGAUGACUACUCUAGCCACUCUUCUGCAUUAACUGAUGAUGAAGCAUGGAAUGCUUGUUCCGGUAAAAAUGGAACUGAGAGGACAAUCCGAACAGUUUAUGCACAGAAAAAGAUAGACCAUCCCACUGGAGAUGGAGAAGGAACUGCAUUGUAUGAAUCCAUGCGAGACGAACUCCGACAUGCGGUUGAAGAAAUCAGGAUUGAGCUUGAACAGGCCAUGGUGAAAACAAGGCCCUCUUUAGUGGAUGGUGAUUGCUUGCAGUCAAACAAUUCGGAUGUUCUUGGGGCUGUUGCCAUGAUCCGAAAGAAUUUCACAUCUAAGUUGGAACAGUCAGAAAAGCGUAAAAAGGAUUUGCUAGCUGAGAUGAUGGUUGAAGAACAACGUGGUUGUGAGCUUUCUAAGAUUGUUAGAGAAUUGCUUCCUAAUCCAGAGAAGGCUGCCAUUGCAGAGAAGCCAUCGCGAGCUAGAAAGAAGAGCAAUGAUAGAAGUAGGAUGACCAAGUGCUUGACUGAGGAGGCAGAGAAGUAUUUCGAAGACUUUAUUUCAAAUGUUGAAGAUACAGACAUUUCAUCAUUCGAUGGAGAAAGGAGUGAUGCUAGUUCAACAUUAGGAGGAACAACAAGGCCAAAGGACCUAUUGAUCCAUUGUGGGGAAUCAGAAACUUUUGGGAUUUCAACAGGAUCUUCCCUUCCUGUUGAAAUGGACGGAGUUGUUCUUCCUUGGUUGAGGUGGGAUUCUAGCAGUGACCACUCUCCUCUAUUAUGCAAGAGUAAGGAGGAAGCAAUGACAGUGACAGUGCAAAACAACGUUCAUGAUGCACCUUUGGAGGUCGGUAGAGGGUUUGCAGUACCCAGAGGCUGCCUGUGCCACUCUGCUGUUGGCGAACCAAGUGGAUCGUGGUUUGACAGAGACGAGUACCCUCACUUCCCUGACAGUGAGGACCUCCUUAUUGAAUGUUGGAUGCAACGGCAGAGAAUAAAUUCAGGUGGGCUUAUUCUCUGCACAAGAACUUAUCUUUAGUUCCAACCAUUUGUAUUCAUGUUCUCUACUUGAAUAACUGAAAUUCCGUCUUUUGUAUAGAUCUUAUAUCUAAUACACCUUGGAUCUUUUAAGUAGCAA